CAAUUUCUGAGCAAACUAUACAUUUACACAUCUCCAAAUAAUCACAUCAUGUUGGCUUUAUCUCCUCCCUCGUUUUCAACCAUUGGAUGGCCCUUAGAGGAUCCCAAAAGUCAUGACCAGAACUACUUCUACAGGGAUAGUUUUACGGAUCAAAUUGCAGAGUCAUUUCUUCAUAUCCUUCCAUCUCAGCUGCCACAGGUUGAGCCUGCUCGUUCCACACCAUCCACAACUGUAAGCGGAGAGUACGCCGGCGUUUCCACGAUGGUGAAGAAGCUUAACCAUAAUGCUAGUGAGCGUGAUCGUCGACAGAAGAUCAACAGCUUGUAUUCUUCAUUGCGUUCACUGCUUCCUACAGAUCAAAUGAAGAAAUUAAGCAUUCCAAACACAAUUUCGCGUGUGGUGAAGUACAUACCAGAGCUCCAAAAGCAAGUGGAGGGACUAAUUAGAAAGAGGGAGGAGCUUUUGGUAAGAAUUUCUAAGCAAGAAGAUCAGGAAUUGCAUGAAGAGAAGCAAAUGAAAAGCACAGCUGGGAAAAGCACAGCUGGGAGCUCAUUAUCUGCUGUUUCAACUUACCGUCUUAACGACAGAGAAGUUGCGAUUCAAAUAUCCACCCUUAAGACCCACAACAAUCUAUUAUCUGAGAUCUUGUUAAACUUGGAGGAGGAAGGGCUUCAAAUACUAAAUGCUUCUUCCUUUGAGUCCUCUGGAGAGAGGGUCUUCUAUAAUUUACAUCUUCAGGUAGAAAGAAGUUAUAGAUUAGAAUGUGAGAAUUUAAGCGAGAAGCUCAUGUCCUUCUAUGCCUGAGAAAAGGAAAGAGUCAUUCCCACAGCAGUUUUGGUGCUGACAGAAUAUGUUACCCCAUUUGGUCUCUCCGCGUUCAAUUGAAGUGUAUAGAAGGGCUACGGAGAUAUUAGUGUCAACCAUGGGAUCCCUUAGUUAAUUUAAAUUUAUGUUAAUAUAUUUCCAUGUCAUUUCCACAUAUAUUCUAGUAGUCGGAUUCAAAUUAACAGAUGGAUUCCGAUUACGAACAAAUUCACAUAGAGGAAUGAAAUGUAAGUGGGGCACCAUACAAAAUUAGGAAUUCAACUCCAUAAAUAAAUAAACUUAUCAAA